CAAUCUCUGCAGCGUAAGCUCGUAACAAUACACACAGCCUCGUCUUCUCAACACUCUGCGAAUCUCUCAAAAUGGCACCCAAGCCCGCAUCCACCGCCGGAAAGGCACCCUCUUCUCAAGCCGGCAAGGCUCCCGCCAAGGCCCCUGACGCGGCCAAGAAGUCCACUGCCAGCAAGUCUGCUGCCAAGAGCGCCGAUGGCAAGAAGAAGAAGUCCAAGGUCAGAAAGGAGACCUACUCCACCUACAUCUACCGUGUCCUCAAGCAGGUUCACCCUGACACUGGUAUCUCGAACAAGGCCAUGGCCAUCCUCAACUCCUUCGUUCAGGACAUCUUCGAGCGCAUUGCUGCCGAGGCUUCCAAGCUUGCUCAGUACAACAAGAAGUCCACCAUCAGCUCUCGCGAGAUCCAGACCGCUGUUCGUCUCAUCCUGCCUGGAGAGCUCUCCAAGCACGCCAUCUCUGAGGGCACCAAGUCGGUGACCAAGUUCUCUUCCUCCAAGUAAUUGGCUGUUGGCCGGUGCUAGGAUUUUUGAUCAUUCCAACCGGAGGAUGCGAUGCGUGUCAGACAUUCUACGAAGCGACGUCGUGCCUUCUCCAUAAUCCACGAGCUCUCUUCACGCUCAUCUUACCAUACGCACGCACUCUCAACGACCCAGUGAGCCUUUGACUCAUCUUCGGCGUUCUCUUGUCUUUACCACAGCUUCAUGGUUCCCACACUGUACUAUCACGC